UCUAUAAGAAGGUCAUCAGUCAUCGUGCAUACAAGCAGCGCGUGACCUCGGUUCUGUGGCUUAUCGAUCAGUACGCUGGCCGACUUCAAUGCCGCUUCAAUCACACCGACACUUCCGCCACCGUCGACAUCCCUGACGCGACAGGUGUCUGGCUGCCUUGCGCUCGGAGAACGCAAUAUGGCCGUGCCAGCAAACGCGGCGGUGAGAGAAAACAGACGGCGGGCAACCGCCUUGGAACUGGAACGAAUCAAUGUGAUCAAAGCCUUAACGGCCGCCGAAUACUCCAGGCGCCAAUUCAUUCUGAACUUCGCUGCGACUCGAGACACGAAGCUUCUAAUCCCCGGACGGAAAUCCGAUGCCGUCAAGGCCGCAGAAGAAUGGGUUGCGGCAUGGCUCAGCCAGACUGAUUACGUUGGUGAUGACCAAGAGCUGUUCAAGUAUAGUGUCGACGCGCGGCUGUGGGCCACUCAUGUUGGGAGUAGCAUCGAGUUUCCGUUCGCAUUUAUGCGCGGAAGCAUUGAAGUAUCCCCCAGCGAAACGAGCAAUGAAGCCGAACUGAAAGACCACGGAAGCGAGGCCUUCCUCCUGAAGGAGAUUGAUGUCCGCGACGUCGAAACAUCAUCUCCAACAGCACAACCCCGGAGAGGUUCAUGGAGAAAGCAACGGCAACCCUCUGUGUCUACCAUUCAGAGCGAGGAUCCUAAAGCUGACCCGAGAAAAUCCCCUUUCCUUGUGCGUUUGGGCCGCUCCUGGACCCGACGACGGUCAUCUUCAUCUUGACUCCGGCGGGGAACCGAAGUCUUGGGAC